UUUGUUUCUUUCAGGAACUCUUACAGUCGAAGAGGUCUACCGCGACCGGGAUCAAUUUGCUGCCCUGGUUCGCGAAGUGGCUGCUCCAGAUGUCGGCCGGAUGGGUAUCGAAAUCCUAUCGUUUACCAUCAAGGACGUUUAUGAUGAGGUGCAAUACCUCACGUCUCUCGGCAAGGCCCAAACGGCCAUGGUCAAGAGAGACGCUGAUGCGGGAGUCGCAGAAGCGAACAGAGAUGCUGGUAUUAGGGAAUCUGAGUGUCAGAAGUCUGCAAUGGACAUUAAGUAUUCCACGGAUACAAAAAUCGAAGACAAUUCUAGAAUGUUUAAAUUGCAAAAAGCAAACUUUGACCAGGAAGUCAACACUGCCAAAGCACAAGCUCAGUUAGCCUACGAACUACAAGCCGCAAAAAUUCGACAAAGAAUCCGAAACGAAGAAAUUCAGAUCGACGUUGUUGAGAGAAAGAAGCAGAUCGAAAUUGAAGCACAGGAAGUUCUCAGAAAAGAACGAGAACUGAAUGCCACUGUGCGCCUACCAGCUGAGGCCGAGAGUUACAAAGUCGAAAUCCUCGCUGAAGGAAGAAGGACACAAACCGUAAAGACCGCUCAAGCUGAGAGUGAGAAGGUCAAGAUGUUGGGUACCGCUGAAGCUUCCGCCAUUGCCGGCGUUGGUAAAGCCGAAGCCGAAAGAAUGAGACAGAAAGCCGCUGUUUACAAGCAAUACGGAGACGCUGCCAUUAUGUCGCUCGUCCUCGAGGCCUUACCUAAGAUUGCUGCCGAAGUGGCCUCUCCUCUUGCGAAGACCGAAGAAAUCGUCUUGAUCGGAGGUCCAGACAAUACCACGGCUGACAUCACCCGCUUGGUCGGACAGAUACCCCCAGCACUCCAUGCCUUAACGGGAGUCGAUCUCUCCAAGACCUUAUCUAAAAUUCCUGGCGCUUCUUACACCCCCAAGCCCACAGCUGUCAAAUAAUUCUAAAAAUGAACGUACCGCCUUUUGUCAAAUUUUAUUAUUAUUGCCGUAGCUGGCAAAAAACAGUUACGGUGCCAUCUUUGCUACGGGUUCUAUACCUCUUUGAUAUUGUUUGAUGUCUAAUGGUAUGAUUGCUAUAGUUUUUAAGUUGGAGGAUGAUUUAAUUCAUAUUUUUUAACUUAGAUUUUGUAAGUGAAAGUUUAAAAGUUUGUACAAGCCAAGAAGCUUCCAUGUGUGUUAUAAUCUUUGUUUACAAUUACGAAAUAAGUAUUUUCGCACAUGCUAUUUUUUUUAUUUCAAAAUAUUGUUUACCAAUCGAUAAAUCUAAAAAUAUUUUACAAUUACUUUAUAUCUUAUCCAGUACAGAACGUUUACUUUUGCAAAUUGUAGAUUAGUCACGUAGUUUUGUUUGCAAAACAUAUAUACCAUUAGUUAUCACAUCACCUAUAUUUUUAAGUCUAAAUAAAUAUAUAAUAGUUUGCGUAUAGUGGUGACCUUGAGGAUAUUUUUCCUCCACCACUCCGUUCACCUUUACUUUUUUUCAAAUCUAGUAAAAUUUGACAAAAAUCGUUAAGCUUGGCUUACAGCUUAUGUGUUUGGACGACGGUUUAGAUCUUUGGAACGUUUUUGAUUUGAUACUUAUAGGAAAAUUUAUUGUUGAUUUAGAUACUUGCAUUUUGAAUAUCUCAGGUUUUAAAAUUAAUACUUAGACUUAAGUAAAGCAUAUGAACCACAACUUUGGGAACUUCAACAUGUAAAUGAUACGAAUUUAUUGGACGUAGAAAAUAAAAUAAACUGAAUUAUAUUAAAUAGUUUUAAAUAAUUCCCCAUAAAUAAAGAAAUUUAAACUUGGCAACAAUGUAGAGUAUAAUUUACUGGUUUUUUUAAAUAAUUUUGCGAAAAAUAUAUUCCAGUUUGUUUUAAAAUCUAUGGGAACUGUAAAAUGCAAGAGACUAAGGCAAGAAUUAACAAUAUGUUGAAUGCUGCGAUAUAAUAGUGUUCAUGUAUUAUAAAAUGUUAUUUUUGUGGAUCUGUCAUCAAUGAAAAGUAACUGGAGGUCACAUAUAUAAAAGAAUUUCGUUUUUGAUACUGAGUUUUUGACUAAUAAAACUGGUCUAAUAUCGCACAUUACUUUUUAAAACAAAAACCAUACUUUUCUACCUAAUAUUCAAUAGCCUUGGAGUUUCAGCAGCGCCAUUCAUCUUCCCGCAACAGCACAAGCUUAGUAGACAUCUGAUAUUAACAUUUCCAGUUGGUUUUUGUUGGUGGCAUAUUCCAUUUUUGAAAGAAAUUUAACUCCUUAAUUGUAGAAAAAUAUUUGAAGACAUGUAGAAAAUGUUUAGAACUAGACCUACAAAAUUGAUGUAUUUUUCUACUCCCAAACGACCCUUUUUUACAAAAAAUUGUGUUUCGACUUCCACGACAAAAGUAAUACACACCUGAAGCCUUGUAGUAAAACGUUUACCCUUAUAAACGACAGUAACGUUAGAGAAGAGUGUUAAGUGUCUUUUUUAAAACACUAAAUGGUAUAAAUUUGGACUUUUUUUAUAUAGAGGUUGGUACUGUUGUAUCCUUAGCUAAAACUCUUUAAUAUACUUCUAAAACACUACAAUAAUAUUGCUGUUUAAACCAUUUUAACAAGUUCUGAUAGUUACAAUAGAUGAUAUAAUCUUCUUGUUAUUUCAGCUAAGCUUGAAGUACCAAAAAAAUCAGAAUUUAUACAUUAAGUGUUUUUUGCUUUGGAAAAGAACUGAGCUAUUUUUUUUUAAUAAUGGUGAUACAAAAGACCUUAUCAUCUAAGUUAUCCUGUUUGAUAUUACUUAGUGAUUUUGUACCAACAGAAGAGCUUCUUUUACGCUACGUCUACCAUGCUUUGAUAUCCAUGUCAUUUUUCUGAAAGUUUAUUCUGUAUAUUUCAUCGUAUGAGGUACUUAACCCGUACAUUAACCUUUUCUUUUAAGUGGGUAUCAUAGUAAUUAUUAUAAUUUUACUCGGUUCUUUUUCUAAAGCUUUUUACGUUUCUUACCUAUAAUAAAUGUGUAUUUGUAAGUAUAAAAAAUGUAACAUGCUGUUGAAGAUGUUCACUAUAGUGCACGAUCUUCGUUUUUAAUUUUUCUUUUCUAUCAGCUUAUAUUUAAUUCCUUCUAUCGCGGUGUUAAAGUUUAUCUUCUAGGAUGUUGUAUCCGAAAACUUAAUAUUAAAGAUAUCUACAUUUAUGUACGGGAAUACUUGUGACCAGUGUCACAAAGCUCUAUCGAUUCCACACUUUCGCGUUUAAUUAACAAAUUUUUGUAAAACCUGUCACUAUUCGAUGAUCUUUUCAAAUUUGAAACUUUACCGGCAUCAAAUGUUCAUUAGAAAAAGAAGUAAUGUGAGAAGGUUCGUUUUUUUGUAAUAUUAAAAAUCAGUGCGAUGUUGUUGGCAACUUUCAUAUAUGUUCGUUCAUUUUUUUUUUUCAAUUUUAAACUC